AUGCACAAAGGCAACAAAAUGCAGUCGAGGCGGUGCGGCCACGACAAAAAACGAACGGUUAUCAUCAGCACCGGCAUCAAUCACCUUUGUGAUGGCAAAAACAACGCGCGACUCGAAGAGGAGGCAAAAGACGCGGAGGACAACGACGGAUGGUAUCGAGCAGGGGCGGACGAGCACAUCACUACCGAGCUGUCGCUGGUCGCCCUGCAGCCCCAGGCGUGCUGUGCUCGACGACUGCCACCGGAUGUGGCAGAACUGGCCGCCGCUGCAACAGACUGA